UAAAAAUGUGAGCGUAUAUGUUUAUAUGAUUACAUCGUAGCUAUGCGAGGUCGAAGUGUCUCAUCACGGUACGUGAAAUAAUUAAACCGAAUAGGAAACACCAAUCGAUCUUACCUCUUGGCGACGAGGUUUCGUAAGAAAUCAACAUCUGAAAGCACAGAGGUCCCGUGGAGUGACAGACCAUGGGCCGGCUGGAUGAUGCAGCCAAACACAAAGUGGUGGAGCUGCGGAAGGCUGGUCUGAGUUUCCGUAAGAUCAAAGCUGUGCUGGAGCUGGAGAACAUCAAGGUGUCUGCUCAGGCCAUCUACCUCUUCCUGAGGGAGUUUCAAGGGAGGCCGCCAGGGAGGGUCAGACCUGUGGAGGCUGGAAGCAGCACAUCACCGGCACAGGUGCAGCCUCGAGCCGGGGCAGUGCAAGAAAGCUGGAGUAAUAUUAAUCUCCAAAACCUUCUGAGGGAGGCUUCCCACCAUGCUGGCUUUACACCAGCUGCCAACUUUGCCAAGCAGACUUCCACAAAUACGGAUACUGGUGCAAAGCCAUCUGGGUCUGGGGAAAUCGGCGGCGGCAGCAGGCCAGAACAGCAGCAUGAGGGCGAUAAGGAAGAAAAUGACAUCCAGAUUGUUAGCGUCACCUCCCUUGCACAGAACAUCCAACAAAGAAGUCCCCAGUCCUCUGUAACAAGGGCAGAGGCAGGCACAGUGUCUUCAACUCUAACAGCUUCUGGAGCAUUCAUGAGGAGGAGAGUCACACCUUCUCCAGCCACCAAUUCAAUGCUGGCAGCUCGAAAGAGGCUUUUGGAUAAAGCGCUGUCACACAGGAUGAAGUCAUUCCAGCAGGUGGCGUCAUUGCUGAGGAGAGAUCACUUGAGUGUCCAAGGUGCUGAUCUGAGGAAUGCAAUGCCACAGCCGCCUGAGACUUAUGAUCUGACCACUGAAAAGACUGUUAUGGAGGGUCAGGCUGGAGGAGGCAGUGCCCCCAGGCGGUUCCUCGCACAGAGACCGGGUCUCUCUGCUCGUUCCGUCCACCCUCUCCCUCGGGUUGGCAUCCGUCUUCCUAACCGGUCAACAUCACCUUUAACAUCCUCGGCUCCUGGGGUUGCCAUCAUCCGACUGCAGACCCCGGGAGGCCAGGGCGCCACUCGUAGUGAGGGGAACCCAAGCCCCCAGCAGGCAGUCCAGGACGCAGGCGGGAGAGGUGGACUGCAGGAUCAGAUUCAGACCCUGGGCUCUGAGGUGCGCAGCUUGGGUCUGGCAGUGAAGAUGCUGGUGGAACAGCAAUGCCGUCUGGAGAGGGAGCAGGCGCAGCAGACACACAUUCAGAAACAGAUCCUCAGUACUCUACAGAGUUUUGCCUCCAAACUGGGAAGUUGUAGCAAUGUUCAACAGCAGCACAACAAAACUCCAUCACCCUCUAAUUUGCCGACAGCGUCCGCAUCAACUUCCUUCAGCCAAGACACCUUCAACUUCAGUCAAGGCACAUACACUCAGUGCAGCCAAUCCCAGCCAAACUACAACUCUUUAGAGAGUUUAGAAAAUGUAGAGGCCUUUAAACUGCCAGGACUUAGCCCUUCAAGCAUGAAUGGGUUUACACCAUGUAGCAAUGCUGAGAACCUCCCACUUACUCACACUCCCCCUCAAACACAACCGUAUUCAGCUGCAUAUCCACAGCAAAACAGCCAAACACUCAUGCCGCCCUACACGCAGUCCUAUGUCUCUACAUACAACCAGUCACAUUCCCAGACUUUCAGAGGGUCAGAGAAUAAAACAUCUGAUUUCCCAAGCAGCUGUACAGCGAGGACCCUCCAGGACUGCAGUGUGUCCACGCAGCCACAGGAUCAACAGAUCAGUAUUAUCAAAGUGGAAGGACCUUAGAGGGCCUCAGAUGCUCCAGCUUGUUGGGACCAUAAGGGCUCACAUGUGCUUUUUUUAGAGUCAUUUUAGAAGACUUAUGUAAAACACACAUGUUUUUACAAUAAACACACUGUAGCAUUUCUGAAAUUCCUUUUACUUCCAAAUUACAUUUCAAGAGAAUACAAACAGCAAUAGAAUAAACAUAGUAUAAUGUUUAGUAAUAAUGUGUUGAUGAUUUGUUGUAACAAUGGGCAGUUAUUACAGAAUUAGAGAAAAUGAUAUGUGCAGGCACUUUGUCAUUUUUUAAAGCAUUUCUUGUUUAUUUUGUAUCUGUUAUUUUUCUAUCACUAGGACUGGCAUUACAAACUGUUAGUUUUCAUACCUCUAUGCUA